UCAUAAAAAAAAAAUUAGUUUUUUAUUCAACUUUACAAAAAAUCUGUCGAAAAGCUUUCUCUAAAACAAAUCCUCUAUGAUUGAGAACGGCAGCAGAAUCGUUACUAAUGGAAAGCCUAUAUGGAUAGAUGACAAAGGUUAUCCCAAGGAGGCGUUUUUAUUACCGUUUCACUACGAGAAAGAUAUUUCUCUCGUUCUUAUUCCUAAAGGAAUUAUUUUAGAUCGAAUUGAAAAAAUGGCAUACAAUAUAUCCAAUUUUUAUAGGAACAAACACGUUCACUUAGUGUGUAUUCUUAAAGGUUCUAGAGCUUAUUUUAAUCAUCUUCUUAAUACGUUAAAUAAAAUUUAUUUAUAUAAUUAUAAUGCUAAUGAAACAACUCCUUACCUAGAACAUUAUGUUCGUGUAAAAUCGUAUGAAAAUGAAACAUCUCUAGGAAAGAUAACAAUCGUUUCCGAUGAUUUGUCAGCCUUAAAGGGACAGAAUGUUCUUAUUGUUGAAGACCUUAUAGAUACUGGACUCACAUUAAAAAAAUUGUGUGAAUGGCUUGAGGAAAAUGUUAAGCCCCGUCAUAUUGGUAUCACAUGUUUGUUAGAGAAAAGCACAUCUGUCAAUUAUUCAUCAGAUUAGCGACCGUUCACGAUGUCAAAAGAGACUUUGUCGGUUUUUCCGUACCAAACGUGUUUAUUGUAGGAUUCGGUAUUGAUUAUAAUGACUGGUUCCGAGACUUGGAACAUAUUUGUGUACUUAAACCUGAAGCUACAAAACGACUUUGUGUAAAAUCAUAACAAAUAAGUAUUCAAUUUUUCUUUUUUAGUUUUAUUCAUCCGUGUAUGAAAUUUAACAAGUUUUAAUAAUAAUUUCACGAUAAGUUAACGUUUAUAGUAAACUACCA